AUGACCUGGACCCGCCCCAUCCGGGUUCAGCUUCCUGUUGCCCUUUCCCCACCUGUGCCCUGGGCAUCGCGGCCUGAUGGGCAGCAGCCCUGGGCUGGCCCAGCUCCCCGCUGCCCCCGGGGCCCUGAGUGCUCGGACCCGCUGCGCCAAGAGCCAGCGGAAGGAGGAGCGGACGGCAGGGCCCCUCAGAGCCCCGGAGCAGCAGGCAGAGACCCCCUGCUGGGGGGCACAGCCCCUGCCUGCCCCUUGGCCGGGCGCCCAGGGCAGCAGCAAGUGGCUGCGGGCGAGGAGUGCCCCAUCUGCACAGAGCCCUACGGGCCGGGCGCGCACCGCCUGGCCCUGCUGAACUGCGGCCACGGCCUGUGCGAGGGCUGCCUGCGGCGGCUGCUGGGCACAGCCCCCAGCGUGGACCUGGGCCGGGUGCGCUGCCCGCUGUGCCGCCAGAAGACGCCGGUGCUGGAGUGGGAGAUCUGCCGGCUGCAGGAGGAGCUGCUGCGGGCCGACGGGCCCCCGCGCCCCCCGCGCCCCCCGCCCCCAGCCCCCCAGCGCCGCGGCCGCGGGCCCUGGGGCUACCUGGAGCACCGCUACCAGUUCCGCUUCCUGGUGGGGCCCAUGGGGGGCCGGGGCUGCCUGCCCUUCCUGCCCUGCCCGCCCUGCCUGGGCACCCGGCUCUGGGCCCUGCGGGAGCGGGGCCCCUGGGCCCGGCGCCUGGCCCUGCUGGGGCUGCUGGGCCUGGAGCUGCUGGGGCUGCUUCUGGUCUUCACGCCGCUCAUGCUGCUGGGGCUGCUCUUCAUGCUGCUGGACCGUGUGGGCCACUGAGCAGGCCA